AUGGCGCCGUCAGCAAUACGGAAAUACUGCACCACCGUCGCCAGCCGCUCAGCGGUCAGGGUUGGCUUUUCCAGAUCUGUGCGCCCCUCAUAUCGGCCGUUCCUUGCGUUGGCUUCCAGGGGGGCCACAUCUGCGGCGGCCCCUAUAACGGAAGCAUUCCCAUUUCUAUCGCGGCGUUCUGCAGCAGAAGGCGGUAUCCCCGGCAGCUUUGGUGAAGUGGCGGCUGCUUCGUCAGGCAGUGCUCCAGAAAAUGUAAAGGUCAUUCGGGACAUGGAUGCAUUCGAAGCCGAGGUGUACCGGCAGCCGGCACAGCCCCUGGCAAUUUUCUUCUCUGUGAAAUUCAAUAACCACAACAAGCAGCUGCUUGAUCAAUUUAUGGCCAUGGCUAAUUCGGUUGGCUCCAAUGUCAGCUUUCUCAUUGUAGACGUCGACGAAGUGCCGCGUGCCGCAUACCACUGUGGCGUGGAGCAGCCGUGCACGUUUGUUGUUCAGUACAAGGGUGACGCUUUCCGGAGGCGCAUCGCGGAUUCUAUAGGAACGAAAACUCCUCAGCAACUGAUUGGAGAUUUGCGUGCUGCCCUGGACGCAUGCCUCAGUGCGCUACAGCAGCCAGAGCCACCACAGCAGAGGGUUGAGUGGUACUCCCAUAGCAUUCCUGUGGAUAAUCUGAAUGUUUAUCGCGUCAACUGGCCAACAGCUUGA